AUGCGCACGGCUGAAGGCAGCAUGGACAUGUCCGUGACCAGCGUCCAGGUGAAGAACCGCCGAGCUCCGCCCCCGAGCCGCCUCCGCCUGCUGCUCCCCGCUCCGGUUAGCGUUCAUCGUUUUCCUCUGCCGCGGCGGGGGACGCCGCCGCCGCUCUCCACGGCCUUGGUUUUCACGCACGUGGACCACCCAUCGCCCGUCGGGCCCUGGAGUCAGCGCACUUCGCCACCUCGGCCACCCCACCCCGGCGUUGCGGGGCGGCGCAGGGGUGAGGGGACCCGUGGCUAUAGUAACAAUGAGCUGAUUGACCCAUCGGGGCGCAUCACGCGAUACGUGGUCGUCACGCGAUACGUGGUCAUCACGCGAUACGUGGUCAUCACACACAGGAGGCGGGCAGGGGGGCUGGCGGCCGAGGAGGUGCAGGAGCUGCUGACGAGACCCCAGGUGUCUCGGCCAGGCCUGCCCGUGCCCCCGCCCGUGCCCCUGCCCGUGCCCCGCGCAGUCCCGGCUGCUGCAGGGACCAUCGUGUCCAUGCUCUUUCUGAGAGUCGAUCAAGAUAAGGACAAAGACUGCAGCCUGGACUGCGGGGGGUCCCCCCAGAAGCCUCUCUGCGCGUCUGACGGAAGGACCUUCCUGUCCCGCUGCGAGUUCCAGCGUGCCAAGUGCAAGGACCCGCAGCUGGAGAUCGCGUACCGCGGCAGCUGCAAAGACAUGUCCCGGUGUGUGGCCGAGAGGAAGUACACCCAGGAGCAGGCCCGGAAGGAGCUGCAGCAGGUGUUCAUCCCGGAGUGCAACGACGACGGCACCUACAGCCAGGUCCAGUGUCACAGCUACACGGGAUACUGCUGGUGCGUCACAUCCAACGGGAGGCCCAUCAGCGGCACCGCCGUGGCCCACAAGACCCCCAGGUGCCCCGGUUCCAUCGGUGAAAAGCUCCCCCAACGAGAAGGCACAGGAAGAACAGAUGAUGCCUCAGCUCCUGCGUUGGAGACUCAGCCCCAAGGCGAUGAAGAAGAUAUUGCAUCACGUUACCCUACGCUUUGGACCGAACAAGUUAAAAGUCGGCAGAACAAAACCAAUAAGAAUUCAGUGGCCUCGUGUGACGAGGAGCAGCAGUCGGCCCUGGAGGAGGCCAGGCAGCCGAAGAAUGACAAUGUGGUGGUCCCCGAGUGUGCCCACGGCGGCCUCUACAAGCCCGUGCAGUGCCACCUGUCCACAGGCUACUGCUGGUGCGUGCUGGUGGACACCGGCCGCCCCGUCCCCGGCACGUCCACCAGGUACGAGCAGCCAAAGUGUGACCACACCGCCAGGGCGCACCCGAUCAAGGCGCGGGACCUGUACAAGGGCCGCCAGCUCCCAGGUUGUCCAGGUGCCAAAAAGAAUGAGUUUCUAACAAGCGUCCUGGAUGCGCUGUCCACCGACAUGGUCCACGCCGUCUCCGACCCUUCUGCCCCCGGCAGGCUUUCUGAACCCGACCCCAGCCACACGCUGGAGGAGAGAGUGGUCCACUGGUACUUCAAGCUGCUUGAUAAAAACUCCAGUGGGGACAUCGGCAAGAAGGAGAUCAAGCCCUUCAAGAGGUUCCUUCGGAAAAAGUCCAAACCCAAGAAGUGCGUGAAGCGGUUUGUCGACUACUGCGACGCGAACAACGACAAGUCCCUCUCUGUGCACGAGCUGAUGGGCUGCCUGGGCGUGACGGAGGAGGAGGGCAGAGGCAGCGCGCGCAAGCGGCACACCCCCAAAGGCAACGCUGAGAGAGCUCCCAGCAGACAGCCGAGGAAGCAAGGAUGAGAGGCCGACACAUCGGGGCACUUCCUAGACGUGUGGGAGACCCUCACCAAAAAGCAAUUAAAAAACCCGAAACAAAAACACAUAGUAUUUGCACUUUGUACUUUAAAUGUAAAUUCACUCUGUAGAAACGAGAUAUUUAAACGGACCGCUUUCAUCUGUGAAGAGGGUGGGGCCGGCUUCAGAAGACGGUCGCACACGAUGUAUGUGUCCUCUUUUGGCCCUGGGGUCUGUCCUCAGUGGAGCCGUGCUCCCAGUGGGUUUGGGCCGACGCGCUAACGGCAGAACCGGGCCGCGUGCCUUGCCCCUCGCCGCAUGCUCACGCCCGCGCCCAUCUGCCGCCUUCGAAGCCGACUGUGCUCACGGCCUCCUUCAGUCACGUCGGGGCCUCGUGACUCCGUAGGAGUUUGUCACCUGCUGCGGUGCUGUCCACCUCGUGCACGCAUGGGUGUGCUAGCCAGGUCAGAAGGUCACUGUAGGCACACGUGUCUGCCGCCCCCUCCCCCCACCCGGCCGUACACACCCCACUGCGGCCCAGUCGGACCCACUGUAAAUUGUCACCCAAAUUGCAGACGGCCUCCUUAAAGAGGCGCGGCCAGCUCUGCUGUGCCCUGGGCGGCCCGGUCUGAGCGGUGCCUGUCGGAGUGUGCUCCCCUCUCUCCUCUGGAAGCCUCAAGGGCGUAGGGCUGGCCUUGGGAACCUCCUCUGAGUGGCCCUUGUGAGUGAAGGGCCAGGGACCGAAGGCUCACACUGUGAGCCGGGGACUGGCCUGCGGCACAACCAGCUGCUGCCCGCAGAGCUGGCCCCACUGGCCGCGAGCGACCACGCUCCGUGGGGCCGAGGGCCGCAUGUGGCCCGUGGUGAUGCUGAGCUCCGAGCUCUGGGUGGAAAAAGACCGUCACGCCCCCAACCCCCAACCCAGCACGUGUCAUGUCGCGUGAGCUCUGUGAAUGUGCAUGAAGAUGCUUUACGAGGCUUCUUACGUAUUUAAACUGUGCGACAUGAACACUGAAAGUUUGGGGCCGCAAAACCAGCUCGAGUGUGUGUCAUCAUUGCUUAAGAAACACUUAUGAUCCUGAACUCAUUGGAUAAUCUUUUAUAUUUCUGAAUUUAAUCAUUUUUCUUAGAUUAAAAUAAA